CAGGCUGGUCUUGAACUCCUGACCUUGCAAUCCACCUGCCUUGGCCUCCCGAUGUUCUGGGAUUACACGUGUGAGCCACCAUGCCCGGCCAAAACACCCUUCUAAGCCAUAUGCCAUACCAAAAUUAAACUAGACAAGAUGAAGAAGGGUGAGAGGUCACUUUAACAUGACCAUUAGUGGUAUUGAGGAAGCUCUCCUUUUUCUCUAACCAGAGCAUUUAUACUUCUCUGUACCCUUUUCCUCCCCCCAUGGAAUUGUUAGGAGUGGUGCUUUGUGAUGUCUAAGACACCCCAGGGCUACCAUUGGCAGAGGAGUUUCUUGCUGGCCAAUCAGAACUGUAGAAUGUGGCAUGUCAUUGUCCUGAGAAGGAUAUAGAGAGAUCAGGAGGCCUGGAGUAGGCUACUCCUGCUCUACGAUGGCAGAGGUUACUGAAGAACCAGUAGAGGGAGAAGACCCCUGUUGCCCUAUGAUGGAAGAGGUUACUGAGGAACCAGCAGAGGGAGAAGACCCCUGUUGCUCUAUGGUGGCAGAGGUUGCUGAAGAACCAGAAGAGAGAGAAGACCCCUGUAGCUCUACGAUGGCAGAGGUUACUGAAGAACCUGAACAGGGACAACAUCCCUAUUGCUCUAAGAUGGCAGAGGUUACUGAGAAACUACAACUGGGAAUAGGCUAUGUUUUCUCUAGGAUAGCAAAGGUUACUAAAGAAGUGAAAGAAGCUGUAGGCAACUUUUGCUCCAGGAUGACAGAGACUACUGAAGAACCAGAAGAGGAUAGUUCAGACAUGCCCGAACCAUCUACAGGCAGAAGCCAAGAAAUUGCCAGCAUGAAAGGGAGGAAGAGACUUUCUUCGGAAGCUAACGAAAGUGAAACUGAUGAGGUGUUGAAAAUAGCGAAAAGCGUAAAAUUAUUCAUUCAGCAGAAUUCAGAAAGACAUAAAGCAGGAAAAAAAUCAACAAUAUUAGUUUUCUAUCAUAGAAAUUAUAAAAAAAGGAAUGGAAAUCAGUCAAAUGAGGAUGAAGAGAGCAAUGAAUUGCCUACCUCAAGCAAUGUCCAGGGCCCAUCAGAAGCACAAGACUGGUAACUAUCUGUCUCAUCUCUGGAUUAACCUCUAGAAAGGGUCUCCUGUGCAGACAAAUUAAAUAUCACACCAAGAUUCUUGGAUGUUUGGGAUUAAAAUUCAAUCAAAAGAUUUUGAAAAGGUCUGUGUGUCUCUAAUAAUAGUGUUUUCUAAUAAUGGGGAGGGGGGAAAGAAGGGGAAGAGCAUGUGUAUGAAGAGGGAGGGAGUUGAGAACCUUCCAGGUUGUGAGACAGGCUGGCAGCCACAGUUAGCCAGACAUUGGGAUUAAGGACUAGAUGAGGAAUGAGCAUUGAAGGCAAAUUUCCUGUUUAAUACUAUAUCACACAGUAAAAGAGGAAAAGGAAUUGUUUUUUUGUGUGUGGGAGGGUGGGGAUGAGGGUGUAGAUUGGGAGAGUUGUGAUGUGUGUGGGGUAGUAGUAUGCAAUAAUGAGUUUGAUUCCAUUUUUGAUGUUUGUCUGCUGACAGAUUUUAAGCUUCAUCUCAUUCCCUUCUCCUACCCCACAUCUGGGCAAGCUGAUAAAAACAGCUGGAGAGUUACUACAUUUGAAAUGGAAAUGAACAGAUAUGCCUGGUCUCAACUAUUGGAAUUAUUGCCUUGCCUAAAAUUCCCUUAUCCGUAGCAUUAAUUCUUUCAAAAUAUCUCCUACUGAAUAUGGACAAUCUGACCUAAUGAGUAAUAAAUUAAAAGUAAUUCUUUGAUACUUGUAAUCAGCUUGAAAAAUGAGACCCUAUGGACUGCUUCCCCCAGUUAAAAUAAGUUAAUAAUUAACAUCUUCCUCAGUUUUAUAAAAAAGCUCAAUCUAAAUUAAAAUAGAAUCUUCAAUAAUUGAAACCCAUUAUAUAAGACCUAUUUAGAGAAUUAGACCUAUAUAGAUGAUUAUCCUCACUGCUUAUGGAUUUAACAGCCAAAUUUGGAUUGUUCUUAAAUCUGGAAAACAUAAAAUAGUGUCUCAGUGUAGAUUACUGUAACCUUAAUGCCAUGGUCCCCCUCAUCAGGUCUCCAUACCUAAUAUUAUUCAAAUUACUGACUCCAUCCAAUAAGUAACUGGUAAAUGCUUUGCAGUAAUAGCAAAGUAUUUGGCUAAAUGUCCUGUUCAGUUUCUGUUUCAACAGCCUCUCACUUGCAAUGUGCUUACCUUCACCUUCAAAAGGACAUAGUAGACCUCUACCACGGUACUUGGUGUGGUACCUCUCCACUCCCGUCAUCUCAUAUAAUCUUCACAGGCAGAAUAUUAACUAUAUCUAGAUUUUCCCAGAUACUCAGGUAUGACAUUACACUGAUGACAACCUCUUCUGAGGAGUUUCCUAUAACACACUUAUUCAGGACAUAAACAUUAGCAAAAAAGAUCACAAAAAGAAAAUCAUCCAUUGGCCCCACACAUAGUACAUAGCCACAAUACCUCAGUUAAAUUUCUGAAAAUUAUUUGAUAAUCUGAGGGCUGCUCCAAUCCAACAUUGUCAAGAAAAAGCUUGUAGUCUCAGCACCCACAUUUUUAAAACAAGCCUAAUAUCAUUUAGACAUUUUUUGUAUCCUGGAGGUAAUAUAUUCCUCACAUACAAAUUUUAUUUAAGUUAAUUCAUUCUGUCAUUUGUAAAUUGGUCCAUCUAGGAUGAGGCCACCUGCAACAAAAAACCAUAGAAUUUGUCUAAAUUGCUAUGCAACAGGCAUUUGUGAUAGGACCCCCAGAGACUUCUUCACUAUAGUGACUUUAGCAACCUUGUACUUACUGAAGUUGGGAUUCUGGCAAGAUGGCUGAAUAGGAACAGCUCCAGUGUGCAGCUCCCAGCAAGAGCAAUGCAUAAGGCAGGUGAUCUCUACAUUUCUAACUGAGGUACCUGGUUCAUCUCAUUGGGACUGAUUAGACAGUGGAUGCAGCCCAAGGAGGGCAAGACAAAGCAGGGUGGGGCAUCGCCUCACCUGGGAGGUGCAAGGGGCCACGGAACUCCCUCUUGUAGCCAAGGGAAGCCAUUAGGGACUUUUCCCAGCACUCUGGCACUCUGGCUCAGAUACUGUGCUUUUCCCAUGGUUUUCACAACCCGCAGACCAGGAGAUUCCCUCUGGUGCCUACACCACCAGCACCCCAGGUUUCCAGCACGAAACUGGACAGCCAUUUAGGAAGACACUGAGCUAGCCACAGCAGUUAUAUUUCAUACCCCAGUGGCACCUGGAAUGCCAGCAAAACAGAACUACUCAUCCCCCUGAAAAAGGGGACUGAAGCCAGGGUGCCAAGUGAUCUGGCUUGGCAGGUCCCACCCUGAUGAAGACCAGCAAGCUAAGAUCCACUGGCUUGAAAUUCUUGCAGCUAGCACAGCAAUCUUAUAUUGACCUGGGAUGUUCUAGCUCAGUGGGGGAAGGGGCAUCCACCAUUGCUGAGGCUCGGGUAGGCAGUUUUAACCUCACCUGUGUAAACAAAGUCACCAAGAAGUGUACACAGUGAUUGGGUGGAGCCCAUGGCAGCUCAGCAAGGCCAAUGCAGGCAGACUGUGUCACUAGACUCCCUCCUCACAGGGCAGGACAUCUCUGAAAAAAGGCAGUAGCCCAUCAGGGACUUAUA